GUGGGUGUGUUUCUGUUAAUGUGACAGGCCCUCAUACGUUCUCUGUCUUGACAAUAAUAUGCCAAGGCGAAAACUACAUACGCAGGUGGCCUCGGGUUCUUCCCAGGCGGUCAUCAGUAAAUUCUUCAAGCCUCAAGGGAGAAAGCCCGUCGGUUCAGCGGUGACCCCUGUAGCCAACUCCCAUAAGCAUCGUGAAAUUAAAACGAAACAAGAUGAAUCCUCUGAUGCUGAAGAGCCAUGUAAGAAGAGAGUCAAGGGUCACCACGAGAAUGCAGACGAAUGCUGUUCCACUUCCAUAAAACACAUUGACCAGAAAAAAAUAGAAAAGCCGAUUAUUUCUUUGCACACCCUGGACAGAUUGAGGAAGUUUUGCAGUGAGACUGAAAAAUCAUGCAGUGAUGAACAUCUGCACAAGAAAAUACCUGAAAUCCUGGUACCUUGGCCUGGUUUUAAAGAUGCACCUAUCAAGCUCGAAAAUACAGACGGAGGCUCACAUUUUAGUGUUGGGGAGGAUCCAUCAAGAUUUGAGCAAUUCUCUUCAUCAAAGCUGCUUGAAAAUGCAACAGAGUCUGUAGAUGGGAAAAUGUUGAACCGAAGAACAAAGAACAUCUUUACUCCACUUGAAGAACAAUUUAUGGAGAUCAAGGAGCAGUAUAAGGAUGCCAUAUUAUGUGUGGAAUGUGGUUACAAAUACAGGUUCUUUGGAGAGGAUGCGGAGAUUGCAGCCCGGGAACUUAAUAUUUACUGUCACCCAAACCAUAACUUUAUGACUGCAAGUAUUCCAGCACAUCGCCUGUUUGUUCAUGUUAGACGACUGGUUGCGAAAGGUUAUAAAGUUGGAGUUGUAAAACAAAUGGAAACUGCAGCAUUGAAAUCGGUUGGUGACAACAAAAGUUCGCUGUUUAGCAGGCAGCUGACUGCAUUGUACACAAAGUCAACACUUAUUGGGGAAGAUGUCAAUCCUUUGAUAAAUAUAGAUGACUCACUAGAUGUUGAAUCUGUAAUCACAGACGUCCCAAGCAGCUAUCUUGUGUGCAUCUUUGAAAAUAUUAAUGCAGCUAAAAAUAAGAAGUCUGAGGACACCGUCUUCGGCUUGGUGGCAGUACAACCUUCUACAGGUGAGGUAUUAUUUGAUACCUUUCAUGACUCCAAAUCCCGUUUUGAGCUAGAGACGAGACUAUUGUGUUUGCAGCCAGUGGAAAUCCUCCUACCAUCUGAAAUUUCUAACAACACUGAAAGGCUGAUUGACAACAUAACCUCAUCCUGGUUAGUUAGUUAUUUUAUUUAUAUAUUCAUUUAUUUUUUUUGCAAAAAAUUUGCCAGGGUCUGCUGCAACCCACCGCCCAGCAAGAGGGAAACAUAUCACAACUCUGCAAAACCGGCCCCAAAGGGACAGAGGGGGUUAAUGAAAGUAGAUAAAUUCUUCCACAAACUCUCAUCCACACCAGCAGAGAUGUCACACAGGACAAAAAACACAGACAAUAAAAAACAUCCAAAAAAUCCUACAGAGACUCAUCCUGACGUCCUUGAUCCAAUGGACCAGAUGGACCCACCAGGACUAGAUCAUAAAUCCCUAUUGCACGAAUUGAAAUCAUUUUUUCUUCCAAAAAUGGACUCCCUGCAGGCGGGAGUAGACACAUUAACUUGUGAGGUGCGCCAGUUUGCAUCCAGAAUUACAGCAGCAGAAACACGAAUCUCAGAUGUGGAGGACAGGCAAGUGUCAGCAGACAUCACCAUCAAACAGCUGGUAAAGAAAUCAGAAUUGCUACAAGACCGUAUCGAUGACCUGGAAAACAGGAGCCGCCGCAAUAAUCUGCGCAUAGUAGGCAUUCCAGAAUCCGUCAAAGGCAAGAACCUGCUGGAGUUUGUGGCGCUCACCUUUCCCAAACUCCUAGGCAUACACCCUGAUAUACUGCCCAUAGACGUCGAAAGGGCCCACCGCAUAGGUCCGGAAAGAGGCCUAGAGCAAAACAAUCCCAGACCACGACAGGUCAUAUUUAGAUGCCUGAACUACCAGGAGAAACUCAAAAUUCUACGAGCCUAUCGGGCUCGAAAAGAGGUACUGCAUGAAGGCUCUAAACUUCUACUCUUCCAGGACUUCUCCAUGGAGGUCACAAAGCAAAGAAAGGAAUUUGCACCACUAUGUUCUCGGCUUCACGAACCAGGGAGACAAGUGGCCCUGCUGUUUCCGGCAAAGCUGAGACUACAAACACCUCAUGGACCCAAGUUUUUCCAUACUCCUCAGGCCCUGAAGAGCUACUUAGCUACAGAACAGGAUCAGCAUCCAGAAGUAUACUCGACUGACAAAUUAGUUCACUUGACAAUUCACGCUAGAGAGAAUGGGGAACAGAGAGAUGAAAGACAUCUGAGUAAUAGAAAGACGCACGUGAUAACGUGGAACGUGGGGGGCCUUAAUACACCCAUCAAACGUAAGGCAGCCCUUAAUCAUCUUAGAAAAUUAGGAGCAGACAUUGCAAUGUUACAAGAGACGCAUCUCACAGAUGUAGAACAUCAAAAGCUACAGAGAGAAUGGGUAAAGCAAGUAGUUUUCCGAUCACACACCAGCACCAGUCGGGGCUUAGCCAUAGUGUUUGGGAAGAGAGUGACAGUUGAUGUGAAGAAUGUACAUCCAGAUCCCAACUGCAGAUACAUCAUAGUUGAAGCAACAAUAGACUCCACAGACUACACAUUCUGUAACUUAUAUGCACCUAAUCACAGAGACAUGAAGUUCUGGCAAGACCUGAUAAAGUCCUUAGCCCCUUAUAUGGGAUCCAAAUUGAUAAUAGGAGGGGACUUUAAUAUCUCCCCCACGCAUACAUUGGAUAGGCUUUGGCUGGAAACAUUUAGACUCAGAGACCCCAAAAAGAAUUAUAAAGCCAAAUACGAAUCUAAGAUAUUUAAUAUGUUCUAUAGGGACACUAACACCUGUGACAUAUGGAGGCUACAUAACCCAGAAGGCAAGGAAUACACAUGUCUGUCUAAAGCCAAACAUACACUUUCCAGGAUAGACCUGUUUCUAAUAGCCAAUAACCUAUCCAACGAAAUACAGAGUUGUAGAAUACAUGAUAUAUUAAUCUCAGAUCACGCCCCGGUAGAACUAAUGUUGAGAACAAUCAAACAUCACACUAACAGGAACACACUUCGUUUCCCCACAUACUUAGUCAAAUCAGAAUCGUUCGUUAAAUUUUUACAACACUCUUGGACAGAUUAUGUCACAGACAAUGCAAUACAUGUAGACAACCCUACACUCUUCUGGGAAGCAGCCAAAACAGUGCUGGCAGGCAACAUAAUCUCAUACGUUGCAAAAGUAAAACACAAAACCCAAUACAGACAUAGGACCUUGCAGGAACGGCUAGGACAAGCCUACCUCCAAUUCCUUCAGACAGGGUCGAGAACAACAUAUGACAACUACAUAGUAGCUAAAACAGAUCUAGAAACAUUUACAACUCAGCAAGCAGCGGCAGGACUGUUGAAAACAGCGGGUAGACUAUAUAGAUUUGGAAGCCGGGCGGGUAAACUGUUAGCGACUCUGACCAAACCACACACAGUAAAGACUGGAGUAUCCGCCUUACGCUGGAAAGACAAGACAUAUAACGACCCCGAAGACAUAGUUAGGUGUUUCAAAACAUACUACACGCACCUCUACACCAAGCAACCACCGGCACCAAAAGAGACAAUAACUCAAUUUUGGAGUUCAGUAGAGUUACCCCAAAUUAGUUCAGAUCAAAAAGAUGCAUUAAACGCCACGAUCACGCAGGAUGAAUUAUCCACCACCAUCAAAAGUCUUCCCAUAGGCAAGACGCCAGGCCCAGAUGGGCUCCCAUCCGAGUUCUACAAAGUCCUGCAGCCGCAAUUAUCCGCGACACUCAUCAAAGUAUUCAACACUUUGAUGUUAACAGAAACACAACCCUCUAAGGAGUUCACAGCAGCUCACAUCACAUUGAUCCCCAAACCCGGCAAAGAUCACUCGCUUCCAGAGUCUUUCAGACCGAUAUCGCUCCUAAACGUGGACUAUAAGCUGUUCACUAAAAUCAUGGCAAAUAGGCUGCGGACGAUCCUGCCGGAUCUGAUCCACCCAGAUCAAACGGGCUUUGUGUUCAAGCGCACCACCGCUCAUCCUGGUAUGACUGCUGUGUGUAGGCUCAAAGGUGGCUUCUCUGUGGUUAACGCACGUGUUGGUUCUCAAAGACUGUCACAGAUUCUGAAGUUAAACAAAGCUGUGAUUUCUUCUCUUGCUGCCAUCAUUAAAUAUCUUAAGGAGUUUAAUCUGGAAAAAACACUUUAUGAUCCUAGAAAUUUUUCCCCAAUGAGCAGUAUGAACAAAUACCUGAAGAUGAACGGGACAACACUGAAGAAUCUGGAAAUCUUACAAAAUCAAACUGAUCUGAAGACAAAAGGCAGCUUGAUGUGGGCAAUGGAUUACACAAAAACAUCCUUUGGGAGGAGGAAAUUGAAACAGUGGGUAACACAACCACUGGUUAUUCCAAGUGAGAUCAGUGCUCGACUUGAUGCUGUUUCAGAGAUCCUUCUAUCAGAGUCCAACAUUUUUAAUCAGAUUCGUAAUUCUAUAUCCAAACUGCCGGAUUUGGAGAGGGGAAUUUGCAGUAUUUAUCACAAAAAGUGUUCCCCCCAGGAGUUCUUCUUGAUAGCCAGCACCUUGUGCUACCUGGGCAGUCAUAUUGAUGCAUUGGUACCUGCGAUUAAAGAGCAAAUAAAAUCCACUUUUCUGCAGAAGGUUUUUAUUGAAAUGCCACAGAUGCUCAAUCCACUAAAUACAUUUGUAACGGUACUAAAUGAAGAAGCUGCAAAGGCUGGAAAUAAAACAGAGUUGUUCAAGGAUCUUAAAAACUUUCCUAAAAUAAGUCAAAGGAAAAUGGAAAUACAAGAGGUGUUUUCGCGAAUGCAUAGGCAUUUAGAAGAUGUACGCAAAAUGUUGAAGAAUCAGUGUGCAUCAUUCACUUCUGUAUCAGGACAAGAGUUCUUAAUAGAAGUGAAAAAUUCCAUGAUCUCUUCUGUACCACCCGACUGGAUUAAAAUCAGUAGUACAAAAGCUGUCAGCCGUUUCCACUCUCCUUUUAUUGUCGAGAAUUACAGACAUCUGAAUCUGCUUCGAGAGCAGUUAGUCCUUGACUGCAAUACUGAAUGGCUACAUUUUCUUGAUAAAUUUGGAGAGCAUUACCAUUCACUGUGUAAGGCUGUUAAUCAUUUAGCAACUGCUGACUGCCUUUUCUCAUUGGCUGAAGUGGCAAAACAAGGGGAUUACUGCAGGCCAACGGUUCAUGACUGUGGAACUGAAAUAGUUAUCAAAAAUGGCCGACAUCCUGUGAUUGACAUGUUGCUGGAAGAGCAAAAUCAAUACGUGCCAAACAGCACCAACCUUAAAGCAGAUUUGGAAAGAGUAAUGAUAAUUACUGGCCCCAACAUGGGUGGCAAGAGCUCCUACAUUAAGCAGGUUGCCCUUAUCACAAUUAUGGCACAAAUUGGCUCAUUUGUUCCUGCAGAAGAGGCAACUAUUGGUGUUGUUGAUGGCAUUUUUACAAGAAUGGGAGCUGCAGACAAUAUAUAUAAAGGCAGAAGUACUUUCAUGGAAGAACUAACUGAAACUGCUGAGAUUUUAAAGAACGCAACACCCCAAUCUCUUGUAAUACUGGAUGAGCUGGGGAGAGGCACCAGUACACAUGAUGGUAUAGCUAUUGCCUAUGCAACUCUUGAAUACUUCAUAAAGGAUGUCACAUCAUUAACUCUGUUUGUCACACAUUAUCCUCCAUUGUGUGAACUGGAAAAGAUCUAUGCAAAGAAUGUUGGAAACUACCAUAUGGCUUUUUUUCUUGAAGAAGAUGAAAACAAAGAAAAUGAUUCCGAUAAUGAGCAGCAUCCUGAAUGCAUUACAUUUUUGUACCAGAUAACCAGAGGUAUUGCUGCAAGGAGCUAUGGACUCAACGUUGCUAAGCUGGCCGAUAUCCCAGAUGAAGUUUUAAACAAAGCUGCUCAAAAAUCAAAAGAGCUGGAGGCAUUAGUGGAUAUGAAAAGAACGAAGAUGAAGGCAUUUCAAAAGGCCUGGGAUGUGUCUGGUGCCUCACGACUACAGGGGUGGUUGGAGCACAUAGAAUGAAACCGUUUACAUGUAGUGCACCUCUAACUUCGUUUUGAAUACACUGGUAGUGAUAUAAUAACUGUAAUUGUGUUUGAUAUUCUAGUUCAUUACCUUACUACACUGUCAAUUUCUUUUGCCCUAUUUUUUUAUAGAAUUUCCUAACAUGCACUUAAUGUCAUUUACAAAUGUAGGAAACCUUUAUAUUUGUAGAAGAGCACUUUACUGUCCAACGAGAAUUAAAGAGUGGAGAAAAUGUAUAACAGUAGAGAAUAUGGAGUUCUGUGACUGCAAGUUUUUCCUCCAUAUUCACACAGUAAAUUAAAGAUACAGUAUAUAUUUUAACAUCCUCUACAUUGUGUAAUGCAUUGGGAUAUUGCUUUGGACUAUAGCAUGUUUGUUAUAUCAGUAUCUCUGCAGCCAGCUGCCAAUAUUUUUAUAUGAUGCUUUGCAAAAUACUUCUGAUGUCCCCAGUACCAUAUGGAAAUACAUGAAUUCCUGCAAACUGCUGCAUGAUUAAGUCGAUCCCUGUAGAUAUUACACACAGACAAGUCCCCUGAAACUGUUCCCGAGAUCAGUAAGUGCUGGGCCAAGAUUUGAGGAAUUCGUCUUCUACAGUAUUUCAGAGUCUGCAUGAUAAUAGCGGAAAUAGGACACUAUCUAUUAUACGGUAGUUUAAGGUUCUAAAUAAAUUUUUAAGAAUGUGCUACAGGUUAUUUCAUAUAGUCUGUAUAUAUUAAUAAUGUCUGCAAUUGGUACUAAGCCAUGAUUUAUGGAAUCUGUCGUAUACAGUAUUUCAAAGGCUACAUGAAAAUAGUAGCUGAAACAGGACACAUAAAUUAUUAAGAGUGUGUUACAGGUUAUUUUUUUUAUUCUGUGUGCAGUGAUAAUGUCUGCUAUUGGAUUUAAAGGGACAGUAAACUCUGGGAAUAAUGUUACAUGAUUCUGGACAUAGUGCAGAGUAAUGAUGUAUCUUGACAAUAGCCCUUUGUUUGAUUUAUAUUAUUUUAAAAGUCUUGUCACCUAAAUGGAUACUAACCUCCAGCGCAAAAUCGUCCUCUUCUACGAGGCUGUUUUUUUGGGGGGUUUUAAAAAGCGUGUCACUGGCACCCACUCUCUCCACAGAGAGCUCUGUGGCGCCAUUGGACUACAAGUAGCUGUUAGUUGCUUUAUCUAGUGCAGGAGCACGCUACAUGUAGCGCAAUGGCGCCAAAAAGCUUUCUGUGAUUAGAGAUGGAGUCUUUGAAAAAAUAGUCGCGCAGAAAAGGAUGGCUUUGCGCUUUUACAUUUAGGUGACAAGUUAUUCCCAACGUUUACUGUCCCUUAAGGCAAACAUCAAGUUUUACGAUAUGAUGUGAAAGGGUGCAAUCUUGUCUUAAUGUUUUUGAAUUACUUAGGCCUGUUGAAUUAUCAUUUUUACCACUUAAACAUUUGUUUUUAAUUGUAUAUGUACAUGGGCUGUGUUUUAUUGUUGUAACCCAGCUAGUAAAGGAAAAAUAUUCAAUUCCAAUUGUUAACAUGAACAUUUUCUAAAUAUCUUUCAUUUUGAAAACUUGUUAAUUUAUAAUGGAAAUGGUGCUCCUUAAUGCUAUAUGAUUGUGCUUUUUUAGUGUGUUACUAAUUAAUUCUCAGCACCUGCAUUUAACACUGUGUGCAGUUCACUGACACAGCCGCUGCUGUGUGUAAUUACGUUUCCAUGCAGGGAAAAUUACAGCCUGGUACUGAGAUGUAGAGAAUUUCUGUGUAACUAUAUUCCUCUGUAUAAAACAGCAUGCACAUUUGCAUAACAUUACAUAAUACGUUUUAAUUUGUAUGUCUCUCAGCAGUAUAUAGUGAAAAUACAACCAUUUUGUAAACAAAAGUUUAUUGUAAUUGGAUUUUUAAAUCUUCUAUAGAUAAUAGUGUUGAAACAACAAAAUGAGAAGUAAAAGGAAAUUAUGUGUUUGA